GUGGAACAUGGUUUCUUGUCACCACGUCGCAGAUGAUAUCAAGCGAGCGCUUGGAAGUCUCAUUUCUAUAAACUCCAUGUUCAAGGUUCUUUAUAUGUACAGUCAGUACAAUGAGGUUUACUGUGCAUGCUGUACAAAGUAUAAUGGACCCUGAAUUUUCCAUGGUAAAAUUUACCUCCAUACCAAGCCUACCGCCCUACUAUCUUACCUUACCUUACUGUGCCAACUACUUUUACAUGCACACUGCAGGUGCCCACUCGCACCAUCCAAGUUGUUUCUACUUGAGUUGUCGAUCAGGCUCCAAUAUACUUGGUGGCUGCUCUGCUCUGUGCCAUCGAAAGGUCAAAAAAGAAUGUGGUCACAGGCACUCUACCUAUUGGUUCAAACGCAGUCUAUGAGACCAUCGACUACCUUGUCAUUACAAACCUACCGCCCAAGGUAAGGUAGCCAUGCAGGCGCCCCAGGUACCUACCGUACUUACCUACCUUAGGUACUACCUAACUUACCCCCAAAGAAACAAAACAGAACAGAAUGGGCGGGUCCUGAAUUUGUUCUUUGUCAACGAGGAAAACCCAUGAAUAAGUAUUCAUAAAACCCUGAAUGGCAUAAUAAACGUGGGCCUUGAUCCACCUCUCGAGACUAUUUUCAUGCAGCGAUCCCUUCAACCUUUUUACAGGAGUCUGAUGUACCCUAACUACCCGCCCUACCCACUACACUAGACAGACGGGCUAGCAAAUCUUUGUUAGUCACAUUGGUAUUGCCUCACCAAACAAUCUCUCCUCUAUUGUUCCAUCUAUCUACCUACCUACCUUACCUUACCUAGCCCAUCCGGCAUCGCUUUUCUUGUGGUUCUUGUUUUACUUGGAAAAUAGAGAAAGAGCCACCAGUUCUCCCCACUAACAAAGUGACCCCCCACCACGCCACUCAGCAGCCGCAAACUCUCUCAAGCUUCAACACCAAGGCAACCCCCACCAUCACCACCCCCAAAUACAAUUCACCAGGAAAAUGUCUUCAACCUCGAGGCGCAGAUUAAACCAUGACAACAUCAACCCUCAUGUCAAGGCUGCGAAAUACGCAGUGAGGGGUGAGCUCGCCGUCAAGAGCGAGGAUUUCCGCGCAAAGCUCACAGAGGGUGACUCCGACUUGCCUUUCAAGGAUGUCAUCUCGGCCAAUAUCGGAAACCCCCAGCAGCUGGACCAGAAGCCCAUCACAUUCUUCCGCCAGGUCCUCAGCAUCUUGGAGAACCCACUGCUCCUUGAGCACGAGGAUGUUCUCCUGAACCACCUUGGGUACAAGUCCGACGUUGUUGCUCGCGCAAAGUGGCUUCUCAGCAAGGUUGGGUCCGUCGGCGCAUAUAGCGCCAGCAACGGUGCUCCGGCCAUCCGCCAGAGCAUUGCAGACUUCCUGGAGAGGCGUGAUGGAUUCCCCGCAAAGGAAUCUGACAUUUACCUGUCUGCUGGUGCCUCAUCUGGUGUGAACACCCUUCUUCACGUCAUUUGCGCAGACAAGAACUCUGGCGUGCUUGUCCCCAUCCCGCAGUACCCCUUGUACACUGCCUCGCUUUCCGUGCUUGACGCCCAAUGUGUUCCUUACUACCUGGACGAGUCCAAGAACUGGGGCACCAGCAUGGAGACCAUCAAGGCUGCCCACGAUGAGGCCAAGGCCAAGGGUACCGACGUGCGUGCCAUUGUCGUCAUUAACCCCGGCAACCCUACCGGUGCCUCUCUGUCCGAGGAGGACAUCCGUGGCAUCAUCGAGCUCGCGCGUGCUGAGCGCCUCGUCAUCAUGGCGGACGAGGUGUACCAGACCAACGUGUUUGUCGGCAAAUUUCACUCGUUCAAGCGGGUCCUCCGCCAGCUGCAGAAGGAGAACCCUGACGGCAAGUAUGACGAGGUUGAGCUCGCUUCGCUCCACUCCGUGUCCAAGGGCAUGGUAGGCGAGUGCGGUCACCGCGGCGGCUACUUUGAGCUCGUCAACUUUGAUGAGAAGGUGCAGGCCGAGAUCUACAAGUUCGUCUCCAUCAUGCUGUGCGCCCCCGUCAUCGGCCAGUGUCUGGUGGAGCUCAUGGUCAACCCGCCCAAGGAGGGCGAGCCGAGCUACGAGCUUUACAAGAAGGAGUACGACGGCAUCUUUGAGGGCCUCAAGGCCCGCGCCACGGCCCUGCACAAGGCCUUUGCCGAGAUGGAGGGCGUCGAGUGCGGCGCUCCCCAAGGCUCCAUGUACCUCUUCCCAACCAUCAACGUCCCGCAGAAGGCCGCCGCCGAGGCCGAGAAGGAGGGUCGCACGCCCGACGAGUUUUACUGCAUGCGCCUGCUCGAGGCCACGGGCGUUUGUGUCGUGCCCGGCAGCGGCUUCGGACAGAAGCCCGGCACCCUCCACCUGCGCACCACCUUCCUCGCUCCUGGCACCGAAUGGGUGGGUAGCAUUGUCAAGUUUCACAAGGAGUUCAUGGACAAGUACAGGUAGAUAUGGAAAUGGGAGGUACUUGAUGACGGAGUUCAUGACGGUGGCGUUUUUUCUUUAUCGUUUUUAUCAUUUUAUUUUCUAUUCUAUUUUUUUUUUUCUUUUUCUUUCUGGUCUGGACAUCACAUUGGGGAUCUUUCUUCUCCAGACUUGGCGACAGGCGUCAUAUCGUGAGACGUUAUACACGGCGACCAAUCUCCUUGUAGAUAACUGAAUUACCUUAGGUAUUUGGCAUAAAAAAAAGUUUGUGCCC